AAGUUAAUGUUUCAUUGUUAGCAGGUAUCCCCGAGAACGAUUCUUACAUGAAUCUGACCACUUAUAAAUCCUCAGUAAAAAUAUCUCCGUACUUCCUCGAAGAGCCUGGCACAAGAUGGCCGCCUACAAAAUAAAUGAGGUCACCUCCGGAGAAUCAUCUGUUCACGCGCUGCCAGACCACUCCCUUGGUUCCUGGGCUAGACACAACAGACACCAGCUGGCGGUGUACAUGGUCGCGGGUGUGUGCCUGUGCCUUGUGGCGGUCUCCUGCGAUGUGUUCGCACGUGGCUUCAUCAGAGCUCAUGAGCAGCUGCAGGCGACCCAAGAUCCAGAGAAGCGCUGGCUCUACUUGGAUGUCCAGCCCCAUCUCAGCUCACCAUUCUACGUGAUCGCCAAUGUGAUGCUGAGUAUCAGCACUAUGAGUGUAGGCAUCAUGUGCAGUCUGGUUACAUGGUCAUACAUUAACUGGAGGGAAGUGCACUCGACAUCAUCCUCUCCAUAAGAAGAGAUUUAUUGACUUCACUACCAUUGUAAACAACAACCAAUAAAGAAAAUAUAACAUGAAAGCAACCACAAA